AUGACAGGGGAGCCCGCUGCUACUCAGCAGCCAUUCAAGGUUGUGGUAGUGGGAGCUGGUAUUGGGGGCCUGGCUGCCGCUAUAUCAUGUUUGCGUGGAGGAUGUGAAGUGACCAUUCUGGAAAAAGCACCAGAAAUAUCUCCUAUAGGGGCUGGCAUUCAGAUCCCGCCCAAUGCAGCACGCGUCGUUCAGCACUUUGGCCUCGAGCAAAAGAUCCGCGACGCUGGAGCCAUUCAAGUCAACGCAAACCACCUCAAGCGCUACAAAGAUGGCAAAAUCCUCUGCAGCAGGAUAGGCGGCGAGAAGAUGAUUAAGGACUUUAAUGGCCCAUGGUUUGUAAUCCAUCGAGCAGAUUAUCAUGGUGUCCUCUUGGAUGAAGCGGUCCGGUUAGGAGGCAAGCUUCGACUGAAUGCGGAAGCCGUCGAUGUCAAAGCCUCGACCGAGAAUCCCCAUGUGGUUCUUCAGACAGGUGAAGUUAUCGACGCCGAUGUGAUCGUUGGCGCAGAUGGUCUCUGGUCUGCGAUCCGAGACAUAGUUUUGGGCCAACCGUCGCCGCCAGUCCCUACCGGAGACCUCGCAUAUCGCGGGACUUUUUCUCGAGCGCAACUGGAAGCAUUUCAGGACCCCCGAGUGGACGAGCUCAUCAACUCACGGUGCACAUACAACUGGAUGGGGCCAGACCGGCACAGCGUCUUCUAUCCCAUCAAGAAUGGCACUGCUUUCAACCUCGUCCUCAUUCGCCCAGACAAUCUCCCCCCGGGAUCCAGAACAGAGACAGGCGAUAUCGAUGAAAUGCGGAUGACUUAUCAAGGCUGGGAUCCAGUACUUGCCAAGAUUAUAUCCUGCCAUAACAGUGUUUUAAAAUGGAAGUUGUGCCAUCACGAAGAGCUCCGGACUUGGGUCAAAGACAAUAUUGUGCUCAUCGGGGAUGCUUCCCACCCGAGCUUGCCGUACCAAGCACAAGGAGCCGCCAUGGCUGCAGAGGACGGCUUAGUGCUGGGGCUUCUGCUCGGCCGUUUGCAAGCCAGUGACAGAGUACCAGAUCAGGAGAAACGGUCGAACAUCAACUCGAUUCUCCGACUUUUCGAGUCGCUCCGGAAGAAGCGAACAACGGUCAAUGUGAAAGGGGCUAUAGCGAACCGAUACAUGUAUCACAUGCACGAUGGCCCAGAACAAGAAGCUCGGGAUCAAGAGCUCGCCGAAGUAGACUGGGAAAAGCCUUCCCGCUGGGGAUGGGCCGAUGUCAAUUACCAGCGAAAGAUGUUGGGCUUCGACUCUGUGGCGGAUACUAACAGGGCGUUUGAGGUGUGGCUGUCGGAAGAAGGAAAAUAG